AUGUCUUAUCUACCCAACCCAGUCAUUGACGUUACCGUCAUGAAUCCAGCAAUCCUUGAGCGAAGAUCCGGCGCCUGGGUCAAUGGCGACAACAAUCCAUUCACCUCCGCGCUGAGCCUUACGUCGGUCGGGAGGCACUACAUCGAUAUCCACGUCCAGACGUCGAUGGUACAAGGCCAGCCAGCACUACCAAACGAUGGCGGUCCGACCGAUCGCCUGGAGUGGGGAUCCGCCGGAAGCUUGGAGACGGCCAGCGAAAAUCUGCUUCCGCACCAUGGCUUUACUCGAUUCUUUCGUGCAGACAUCAUCAAUCAGCCAUCGCACAUAUGCGAAGGCGACUGGUUCCUUGGCGGAGCAGCAAACCAGUAUAUCGAGCGCGGACGUAGACCCCGUCGUAUGACUGGCUAUUUGACUCAUUAUGAGGAGAUUUGGGAGCAUAUCCCAGUUCAGCCUGUCAGAACUGGGACCACGAACCUCUCCAUUGUGCUGAUAGUUUGCACGCGCACCGCUCGGGGCAUGGUGAUUCGAACGGCGCAUGUCUGCCAAGGCAUCCUGCGGGUCAAUGACGAGGUCACCGUCGAACGGUGGUGCUGGAAGCCCCGCGGCUCACCAAGCUCACGCAGUGGAAGUUGGGAGCGCGUUCUGCGGCUUGGUCGCCUUUACUUACCUUGCCAUCUGGCUAUGGAGGCCGAAAGGUGGCCUUUGAGGAAAGGUAGCCGGCUCGAGUUUGAUAACCUGGCUUGGCAUGUCGAGGAGGUAGACGCUUUCAUAUGGGGCGCGCCAGGCCAUUAUCUCACUUGGACGGUCGACAGGGACUUACCUGGACUAUUUGAGCUUCACAUGUGGUCAUGA